AUGUUGAAGAAUACAGUUAGAUUAUCAAAGAUUGUUGGAUUUAACAAUAGUGAACAAAAGCGUUCUUUUUUAACAAUUGUCAAUCAAGGUUUUGAAGCAUAUCGAACGACACUAGGAAAAAAUCCCAUUCAUCUCAAGCCAGGUUUAAGUUUAUCACUGCCAGUCAUACACCAUGUUCAAAAAGUUGAUAUGCGUGAAGCUGGUAUGGGUGUCGAUAAAAUUAGUGCAUUUACGAAAGAUAAUGUUCCAGUUCAACUUUCCGCAGUUUUAUUUUAUCAAGUUAAAAAUGCGUAUAAAGCUUGUUUUGAUGUAACAGAUUAUCGUUCAUCUAUAUAUUCUGUUGGAACAUCAUCACUUCGUUCGAUUGUUGGACAAUUUGAAUAUGAUCAAAUUAUAGGUGAUCGAAAUAAAUUAAAUAAAGAAUGGUUAUCAGUUGUUGGUAAUUCUAUUGAACAUUGGGGUGUACAAACUACAAAAGCCGAAAUACAAUCAUUUGGACCAUUAGAUGCAUCUGUAGCAAGAACAUUAGAAAAACAAAUGGAUGCAGAACGUGAUCGUCGACAACAAGAAUUAAAUACAAGAGCUAAAAUCAAUAUAAGUGAAGGUGAAAAACAAUCGAUGAUUCUUCAUAGUGAAGGAAAUCUUAUUGCAGCUAAGAAUUUAGCUGAUGCUAAUUUACUUACAAUGCAAAAACAAGCUGAAGGACAGAAAUAUUUAAUUGAACAGGAAACAUUAGCACUUACAAAACAAUUAGAAACAAUUAGUCAACAAUUAAAUAAUGAUUAUCCUUUGACUGUUCGAUAUUUAUUAGCUAGACGAAGAUUUGAUGAAUUACAAGCUAUUGCUAAUGGAAAAAAUAAUUCAACAUAUUUUAUUAAUAAUCAGACUGAAGGCAUAGAUAGUUUAAAAAUUUUUGCUGAUAUACAGAAACAAAAUCCUGAAAAUUGA